CAACAUCAGUUUACCGCGUUCAAUGUGAUUUAAUUGUUUAUGUAAUAAUUCACAAGACAACAUGCUUGAAACUGACAAUUAAUCAGCUGUUUUGCCUGAUACAUCCCCAAGGUGUAAGAUGAAUUCAGAGUUACCACCUCUCUCUAGUGCAAGCAGCUUUACAGAUCUCUCUGAUAAUAAGGAUGGAGAUGUUACUGAAAUUCAUUAUAAAAGUGGCAGUGUUUACAAAGGUAUGGUCAAAAAUAAUCAUAGAAGUGGAAAAGGAAUUUUCACCUGGACUGAUGGUUCUUGGUACGAUGGAGAAUAUCUUGAUAACAAACGCUCAGGCUAUGGUAAACAGCUUUUCAGAGAUGGUAGUUUAUAUGAAGGAGAAUUUCUAAAUGAUUUGCGUGAAGGCAUAGGAACACAAACAUACAUCAGUAAGGAGGUAUAUGAAGGCAGUUUCUACAAAGAUUUUCGACAUGGCAAUGGGAAGUAUUUUUGGCCAGAAUCAACACAAUUUAAAGGAAUGUUUUAUCUCAGUAAAAAAGAAGGUUAUGGCACUUUUACUUCCAAAAAUGGCAAUGUGUUCGAGGGUUUAUAUAAAGAAGAUGAAAGACUUGGACCUGGCAUUCUUUCCUACAGCUCUUCAAAUCUUCAAGAUGUUGGUUUAUGGCACGGAGAGAAAUUAAUUCGGAUCGCUUUUACCCUUUGUGGGGGUUUCACUUUGCUUCAACAUUCACACUGCAUCCGUUUACUUCAAGAGAAAGGCCAUAGGAUUCAUAUGGCUGAUUGCUGGAAGACAGAUACAUUGUUUGAAGAAAUGUGUCAGGAAAACACUUAUUAUGAUAUUUUGUCUAGCACACAGCUGUCUGAGAAACUGAAAGACAUUUAUAUUGAUUACCAAGACAAAAGCAGUUGGAAAAUCAACUAUGAUACCUUCAAUGAAAAUUUUGUUUCAGCUGCCAAAGGAACCUUGGAUCUAAAUGACAGUAGAGGAUUAUGGAAUCUGACACCAUUUCUUGUGGAAUUACAGAAUCAUAGCUUAAAACAUUCCUUUAAACAGGAUCUGAUAAAAGUUAAUGCCAUAUUUCAUUACGAUCGAGAGAAAUUCUUGGCAAAGGGCAUAAUGGAGAGGAGUUCUGAGACAUUGCUAAAAAGUGCAUUUGCAGGAGAUCACGAACUGGUUGAAGCAAUCUUAGAAGAAAAUAUUGUAAGCCCAGAUGUUAGUGACAGAUAUGGUAUACAUUCUCUGAUAAUAGCUACAUCUAUAGGAAAUGAUGAAAUCAUUGAAAUACUGCUCAACUGUGGUGCUAAUGUUAACCAACUUAGUGAUGAAGGAUGUUCUGCCCUCACCGUUGGGAUUAUUCACUGUUACCCAUCCCACCUAUUUCCGGAGAACAUCCAAAUACAUAAAGUAGGCUAUCUUCCAAACUACAGUGUGGGCCGAGAAAAUGAGAAACCAUGCAUACCUCUGUGUUAUUCAAAUAUUUUUGAUAUUAAUGAUACUCUUUUCUGGCCUGAAUCAAUGGAUCACACUGUGGAUCUCCCUUCACAAACUUCUGCAACAAUUAUUUCUAAACUGAUAGCAGCUGACAACAAAGGUGGCCAAUGGCAAGACUCUGCAGUAAUGAGUACAUUGUUAUCGAAACAAUCAAAUUAUCUACAAAAAGACUCUAAUUAUAUACGCAAGUCACUCCCUGACAAUAACAAAUUAUCCCCAAAUGUAGCUGCUUAUGAUGAGACAGCUGAUGAGAGAAAUACCAAAAGUUUAACUUUGCAAACUGAUUUUGCAGGGAAUAAAAUGGUAGAUGUUAAAGAUGCAUCAGGGACACAUGUAGAACUUAAAGCAGAGGAUUUAAUUUCUAAAUUAGAAGGGAAAAAGGGCAAGUCAGAAACACUUAAUGUCCCAGGUGCAUCACUAAAAGAUACUGGCAGUAAUGUAAAAUUGCCCAAAAAGGUUUCAUUCAAAGACGUUUCACAAAAAGAGGAAUUCAAUAUUGAAGACAACAAGUACCGAACAUGCGUUAACCUACUCCUACAGCGUGGAGCUGAUCCUAAUGCUGCUUACUACCCAUGGCCAGUUCUGUACUUUGCUAUUAGAGCAGCUGAUGUAGAAAUGGCGAGGUCUCUUUUGUUGAAGAAUGCAUCCACUUCAGUCUGUCUCUCAGAUGAGGAAGGAGGUGUCACUCCUCUACACGUUGCCUGUGGAAUGCCUGGAAAGGAAGGAAUUCAAAUGACGGAAUUAUUGCUCAAUUCUCUUGCCGAUCCCAAUGCAAGGGCUGCACUUGACAACUCCUACUUGAACACAGCCCUGAGAGAAGAAUGGCAAUUGGAUAACAUAAGCCCAGAGGCAAAGUUGAUUCUAGGAGGACGCACUCCGUUACAUAUUGCUUGUGCACGAAAUGAUAAUUAUGAGGAUGCAGCUGCUAUUGUCAGGUUGCUGUUAGAGAAGAAAGCGAAUCCAAAUGUUUCAACAAAUGGUUUCUCUCCCCUUGCUUUAGCAAUUGCCUGGGGAAACAAACUGGCAGUGACAGAAUUACUGAAUAAUGGUGCUGAACCAAACCUGGAAUUAACACAUGGCAUUGGUAACAGUCUCUGUGUUGCUGUAACAACUCAGUUUGAAGAUCAAUGGAAUCUUGAAGACAGAUUUGAUUUGAUUGAAACAUUACUGAAGUAUGGUGCCAAUAUUCUCAGAGAAGUUCCCACUGGAGCCAAAAGAGUGAUGUCCUCAGUAGUUGACUAUGCCUAUUACAUGUUUAAUUUGGAUUCCCGUAUAGCUCACCUGCCAUACCAUGCACUGACAGUUGCUGAAAGAGUGACAUACAACAACAGAAAGCAGGUGCUCACUUUUCUGGGCACCAAAAUGCGAGAAGCUAUUCUUUCAGUGUCAAAGCAAAGUAUUAUGCGAGUAGAUUAUCUUCCUGAAGAUGCUAAAAAAAAAGGGAAGACCCUUCAGUUUGCGGAUAUUCGAGGAAAAGCAAAACAAGAAGAAGAAGAAGAAGAAGAAGAAGAAGUGCCAGACACCGAAGAAACUGUGGAAAGAGGCAAAAAAUCAAAUAAAGAAAGGCAAGCAGAAGUCAAGUAUUGUUACGACUGCUGCAGAUCUGCGCAUGUACACCUGAAAUCAUGCACUCGCUGCAAAGCCGUUUCCUACUGCAGUAAAAAGUGUAAAUCAACAGCAUGGACGGAUAGGCAUAAAACCGAAUGCCAAGGCAUAGUUGAAAACAGAAGAGCAAAGAAGAGAGGAGGUCAGGCACCCGACGCAAAGGCUAAAAAAUCUGGUAAAGGUCGGAAAGCCGGUAGAACUGGUAAAGCCGGUAGAACUGGUAAAGCUGGUAGAACUGGUAGAGCCAGUAUAGAUGGUAAAUUUGGUAGGUUCGGUAAAGCUGGAAACAUUGGAAAAAUAACUAAAUCCGAUAGAUUUAAACACUUUAAGAAAGGAAGCCCAUUUAAGUCUGGUAUGACAUUUGUGCCUGGUCUGAGUGAUAGAGUAUUAAGCAGAGAAGAAGUAUAUGGAAGCAACUACAGCCACAACUGAAUGGAAAUCUUACAUGAAAAAUCAGCUACAUUUAUAUAUUUCAUGUUAACUUGAGAUGUCUUUAGGUUCAUCUCUUUUACUUGUUUCAUUGCAAAAGCAGAGAGCAUGUUUCAGUACAGUAAAUUGCUUUAAUAAGAGAAGAAAAAGCAACAGAAUAAUUGCUCAGUGUUUAAAAAGAGAGAGAACACGGAAAAAUAAAAGAAAACAAAAUAAAAAUUUAAAAAAAACAAAA